CCCUUAUGCACCUACCGCCUGUCCUGGUGACUGUGGUGUCAGAAAAUAGUAACUUCUCAAAACUAGGUCGAUAGAGCUAAUCAAAAGAACUCUACCUCAAGAUGGCGAUGACAACAGGAAAUGUGAUCUCUCAGUACUGUCAAGUUGAGGAUUUCAGCUCUCAGUACGGCGGGGAGAACUCGAUCUCGUACACAGCAACAAACUUGUCGAAUGAGUCAAAUAUAUAUCCAAGAUAUGGGGAUUAUACGCAUGCUUGUGUACUGCGUACCUAUGGGCCCUGGUGGAAGCUAGCCCCCUCAGCCCCCAGUCCAUUCAAGAGAACUCCUCCAAGCUUUACCAGUGAGGACUUCAUAGAUAUCAGCUUUCACAGUAAGGUCUACCCCAGUAAAUUGGAGAUCUAUGAGACAUACAACCCUGGGGCUGUGGUGAGAAUACUGGCCUGUGACUGCUCUCCACAGGAGGCACUGGAGAGGAAAAUCAGGUGGGUCACUCUAUGGUCAGGCCCUCCAGACCAGGCCAGGCAGGAGACCAGGAUCUUCUCACCUCCAUUGAAACCAUGUCCAUUUCCUACUAAUUUCCUUCGUUUAGAAUUCUGUCACAGCAAGCUGUAUUACUACACAGAACUGGAUGCUGUCAAGUUACACGGGACAAAAUCUCCUCCCAAGAACCAAUGUCCAAUUCAUGACAACAGUCACAGUAGCAGUGUCGAUGAUGACACCAAGUUUAGCAUCAGCAGCCUUUGCUGUUGCCCUAAUAACAGGUCUGCAGCAGACGACACAUUAAAGUGGGACAAGUUGUCAUUGGAGGAUAAGAUGAGUCACAUGACCUUGGAUGGACCCCCUGCAGUGCAUAAGAAGGAUAAUGGAUAUUUUGACAGUUUGCCUGGAGAAGUUAUCCAGCUGAUUCUUAGUUAUCUGGACGUGCCUUCUUUAUGUGCCGCCUCCAUGACAUCUACGUUAUUUUUUCAUCACUGCUACGACCCCUUGCAGUAUACAGAAAUUAAUUUACAGCCUCACUGGCCUUUGGUGUCAGACAGCUCUUUGGAGUAUCUUGAAUCAAGGUGUCGCCAUCUACAGAGACUUAACCUCAGUUGGUGUGGGGGUUAUAGUCAAAUAACUACCCAGGGGUUUAGAAGUUUUAUCAAGGAGUGCAGUAAAGAGCUGACAUGUCUGGUACUGGGUUGUUGCAAGUUUGUGAACAGUGAAUGUAUACAGAUCAUAGCUAGUAGCUGUAAUAAUUUACUGGAGCUGGAUCUCCAGUGCUGUCCCACAGAAAGUGCGGGUUUUCUUCAAAUCAUGAAACUCUCCUCUCUACAGAGGCUGAACCUGUACAGAACUCAGAUAGACAUACAUUCCAUUGUAGCUAUAAUUAGGUCCUGUGCUGAAUUGGAGCACCUGAACUUGGGAUCAUGUCAGAUGAUUAACAGUUUUGAUGAUGUGGCAACAGAACUUGGCAAAAACUGCAAAAACCUAAAGUCUCUUGAUUUCUGGCGAGCAAGAACAAUCUCUGACAGAGGUCUUGAGGCCCUGGGCAACAACUGCCCUCUGUUGGAGGAAAUUGAACUCGGCUGGUGCCCAGAGAUUCGUUCAGGUAACUCAGGGAAUUGUAUUGUUGAGCUCAUUCAGAAGUGCAGAUAUCUCAAGAAACUGUUCCUAUGUGCUAACAGAUCCGUAUCUGACAAGGAGUUGAAUGCACUGGCACAACACAGUAAAUAUUUGGAGCAGUUGGAUAUUCUCGGGACACGAGAAGUCAGUAUAAAUGGAGUCCGCAGGGUGUUAGAUAACUGUAAGAAGCUGACUUUUCUAGAUGUUUCCUUCUGUGCAAAUGUGGACUUUGCUUUUGUGGAAGUGUGUAAAACCGAGUACCCUCACGUGAACAUCAAGAAAAGUUUCCAAGAUUCUUGAUCAGCAUUAAAAUAUUAUUUUUAUUUUUAUUUUUUUAGUAGUUUAUUGUUUUAUCUUUGUUGGUCUUUUAGUCAAACUCAAAAAGAUUUAAAUAAAAUAUUCAAGAUAGUUCAGAACUGGGUAAACUGAGAAUUGGUUAGAUUUUGGUUUUUAAUCAUUAAUUAAUUAGUCAAUUAGCUAAUAAUAAUAAGAAUUGAGUUGUUAUGCCAGAAGUCUGUGCUCUUUGAGCGUUUUUCUAGUUAUGAUUACAAUGCCUAACCACUACACUCAUUUCAUGAGCAUGAUGACCAACUGUCAUUGGUAUAUUUGGUUCAU